AUGCUGGCAGAAGGCAUCCUCACGAGGCUCAUCUAUAAAGAAAGCUGUCAUCAAGAUAAGCCUUGCAAAUCUCCUGCAUCCCAAAAGGCUGAAGAGGGGAUCUGGAGACAGAAACUUGCAGACUUCCCAAAAAUGAACGGCUUUGCUGAUGGAUGUGAGAAGCGGGAGGAGCUCUCUGCCAGGAGCAGCAAAGGGGAAGCCGUGAGCAGCCCCCGGUGGGGAUCCACAGAAAAAGAGCCUGUGGAAGAUCAGGAGAAGCUGGUUAAAGGAACUGCAUCCCCAGCUUUACUUAUCCCCAGGAGAGGUGGAAGCCUAGACCAGGUGGAUUUGUACAGAUCCUGGCCAUGCAACAGCAUUUACCAGAACUAUCCUGACCUGCAGAUCGGGGGGGACCGUGUAGGGGGCCACACGUGUGACUCGGGCUGUGUCCUGGACCAUGUGUGUGAUGACCUCCCUGAUGGCCCUGUCCUGCUCUCCAUAGACAUUCCCCUGGGGCAGUCCCCUCUGUGUGAGCAUCCCGAAAAGCCCAGUGGGAUGUCCCUGCCUGGAGAUGAAGCUGGAGAAAGGAGCCUCGCGCUCAGUGAGGAGCCCCUUUCCAACUCCACGCUCAACAAGUACAUGGAAGCCAAAGUGGCAGAGCUCUACAAACAGUUUUUUGAAGAAAGCCUGGCCAGAUGUGGCUCCAUAACAAACCUCCUCACCUGCAGCUGGAUAAGGAACAGCCUGGACCAGAUAAGUGUUCAGAUCUCCCAGGAGCAGAACACAGACACCUCCAAAGCCAGAGGAGCACUCUUGCACUCGUUGGCUUUGUUCAGCUCCCGCAACGCUCCCAACAGGAACAGCUCCGAGUUCAGCACCCCAAACCUCCAAAUCUCCAACACAGUGGGUGCAAAAUGGAGCUGCAGGAUGGAAUUCACAUCCUGA